UUGACCUUCCAUGCGAUGUAUCGGAGCAUAUUGGCACAUGCACGUAAACUGUAGUAGUAUCAAAGAAGAUGGUGUUUGGCAUGGUCUUGUUUUGUGUAGCGGCGUACGAAAAUAAGCAUUUCAGAAGUGACUUGUGCUUUGGCUUGUUCCCAAGUUGCACUGUGCUCAACGGCGCCACGCGUAGCCGCGCAUGCGUCCGCUGCACUGCCGUGCUGCCACAAGUCGUUCCUGACACUGACACGCACACUUCAAGUCCUCCCCUCCAUCUCCCAACCAGCAACAGCACCAGCAUCCAGAUACUCCUGCAUCCUUUGUGCCAUGGCAGAUUGGCCGGGAGGCUUGUUGCCACUGCCAACCACGCCCCGUCCUCCUGCCCAGCGGCCCCCGCGGAGCGGCCAAGCGUCGACGGAAUACUCCUCCUCCUCGCUCCACCGGCGCGCCCAGUUCUCCUCCCACGCGCCCACCAACUCCAACCCCAACGCCCAGCUCCUCGCCAUCCUCGCCCUCGCGGUCACCCUGGCCGCGCUCCUGGCCCUCGCGGGCGUCACGCUCACCGCCGCCUUCGCGGCGCUCGUCGUCCUCAGCCCGCUCUUGCUCCUCACCUGCCCUCUCUGGGCGCCGCUGGCGCUCGUGGCCAUCGUCACGGGGGCCGCCUCGCUCGUCGCCUGUAGCCUCGCCGUGGCCGCGCUCGGCGCGGGCACGUGGGCGUAUCGGUACUUCGCCGGGCGGCAUCUGGUGGGCGCGCGCCGGGUGGACUACUACACGCGUGGCCGGUUCGCGUACGCGGGGGGAAGCCACGUGGCGACGGGCUACUAUGGGCCAGGGUAUAGCCGGAGGAUCAAGGACGUCGCGCCCGGGGCGUAGGCCGUUGGAGGCGCAUGCGUAUCGGCUCUCUCGUCCCACUGAUAACGGAGACACCGUGGUGAAUCGUUGAUCCUGUCAACCGGGUUUGCCGUGGCUGAUGGUGGGUUUCGGAUAACAAGGCCGGCAGCCGGCAGCCGGCAGACAAAGGUUAUCGUGCUGGGGACAACGGCAGGCAGCAUGGAGCGGUACAAAAACAGUGGGAUUAGGUAGCCGUUGCAUCUGUGUAUACCGUGUAGUCCGCGUUUAUCUGUCAAUAACGGUGCCCCAACGUGCCCUCAGUCAGGAUGUAGUUGUGAACCUGAAAUUGAAAUUUGUGAUUGAAAGUUAAGUACGGAGUACGUGUUUUUAUAAAAUUUCAACGAAACAUGAAACAUUUGUUUUCGUGAA